CAGAUAUGUUCAAGCCCAAACUUUAAACAGAGGCAUAAAGAGGCAGAAACAGCAGAGCCAAAUAAUGUCCCACCAUUGCUCCCAUCAAAGAGAAGAAAUAAAUGACGAAGAAAAGCAGUAUAGAAAGAAAGAAUUGGACCGAGCCAGAGAGAAAACUAGGAUAAAUAUCAGAGCAUCAUUUCAGUGGUGGAGGGAGCUGCAGGGUGUUAGCGUCUUUUCUGCUGUACAAUGUAGACUCAGCGCAUCCCAUCAUGUGUGUGUUUCCUGUGACCGUGUGUGUGUGAGAGGAAAGACAGUGAGAUGGUGUGUUCAGGCGCAACAGCAAUGUAUGUCUGUUCGCAGUAGCGUACGUGCUUGUGUGUGUGUGUGUGUGUGUGUCUGGGUGUGCAUGUGUUGAGAGUGAGUGUGAUGCUUGAGUGAUGUCGGGAGACACCAGCAGCCUGUCCAUGAGGAGCAUGUCUCCGACCAGCCAGUCAGACUCCUCGGAUCUGUCUCCCACGACACAUGUCACCAGGGACGGCCUCUUCCAGGUGAAGAUCAUCAAAGUGUGUUUCCUCAGCAACAGCUCCAACCUGGGCAAGAACUUCAAACUGGUCCGCUGUGAGGAAGGCUGGACCGUCAGGGAUGUGAUGAAUGUGGUGCUGACCAGCGGCUGUGUGGGUCCAGAUAUAACACACAGCCCCUGCUAUGGCCUCCUGCUCAAACACCUCAAGUCAUCUGAGAUACACUGGCUGCACCCGGACCUGACUGUGUCCGAACUCACCCAGCGCUAUGAGCAGCAGCACCUCGAGGCUGAGUGGAGAUACGAUCUGAGGAUCAGAUACAUCCCAUCAGACUUCAUUGAGAAAUUCAAAGAUGACAGAACCACUAUGCUCUAUUUUUACCUGCAGGUACGAAGUGAUUACAUGCAACAGUAUGCCUCAAAAGUCAGUGAUGGGAUGGCUCUACAGCUCGGUUGUCUGGAAAUAAGGAGAUUCUACAAAGACAUGAAUCCAAAUGGCCUGGAGAAAAAGUCCAACUUUGAACUGUUAGAGAAGGAUGUGGGGCUGGACCUUUUCUUCCCCAGAGAGCUGAUCAACAGCAUGAAGCCUAAGCAGCUGCGUAAGCUGAUCCAGCAGACGUUCCAGGGCUACUCCACUCUGAACCAGGAUCAGUGCAUAAACAGGUUCUUCACGACUCUGGCUCAAUGCUACAGCUACACACAGGAGACCUUCGCAUGCCAGCUGGUGCAUAGUUGGAAUCUAACUAUAGACCUGGUGAUCGGCCCUGAAGGAAUCAGUCAGCAAACUGAAAACUCCACAUCCAUCUGUUUGGCCACGUUCCCUCAGGUGCGCAGUAUCUCCUGCUCUGCUGAGAGUGACGGUCGAGCUCUGCUCAUUGUCAACAUAGAGGGGGCCAAACAGUCGCUGUCAGUGAGCACCUCCUCCCUGGCGGUGGCAGAAAACAUGGCCGACCUGAUUGAUGGCUACUGUCGGCUGGAAGGCAGCUCUGAGAGCUCGCUCAUUAUUCGGCCUAACAAAGGAAGAGACACAAGACUGAAACUGCCAGACAUCCCACAACGUGAUGGUCCAACUGGUCCUGAUAGACGUCUGAGUUCGGAUAUCUAUGCUGAGAUUCCAGAGAGCACAGCAGCUGAGAAGCACAGAAUAUCCAGAGAUGACAUCGCUGUGGGUCGGAUCCUGGGUGAAGGAUUCUUCGGAGAGGUUCACAACGGAGUUUACAAAAGCCCGACGGGCGAAAGGAUCUCUGUGGCCAUCAAAACAUGUAAGGACUGUUCAGCUGACGUAAAGGAGAAGUUUCUCAGUGAAGCCAGCUUGAUGAAGAACUUGGAUCAUCCCCACAUUGUGCGUCUAAUCGGAGUCAUUGAGGUGGAUCCCGUCUGGAUAGUCAUGGAGCUUUAUGAACACGGAGAGCUGGGGAACUAUCUCGUGGAGCGGCAGUACAUCUUGUCCACUGCGGUGUUAAUACUGUACUGUGUACAGAUCUGCAAAGCCUUGGCUUACCUGGAGGGGCUUAACAUGGUGCACAGAGAUAUUGCAGUGAGAAACGUCCUGGUGGCGUCUCCCGAUUGUGUCAAGCUCGGUGACUUUGGCCUCUCUCGCUACGUUGACGAACAAGAAUAUUAUAAAGCCUCAGUUAGUCGGUUACCAAUCAAAUGGAUGGCACCUGAGUCCAUCAACUUCAGGCGCUUCACCACAGCCAGUGACGUAUGGAUGUUUGGUGUGUGUGUGUGGGAGAUCUUCUCGAUGGCCCAGCAGCCAUUCUCCUGGUUGGAGAAUGGCCAGGUGGUCAAUCAUUUAGAGUUGGGAGUUCGACUCCCGAAACCGCAGCUCUGCCCGCCCACCAUCUACUCCCUGCUCACUCGCUGCUGGACCUACGAGCCACGUGGCCGCCCUGGCUUCAGCCAACUCGUCUGCUCCCUGAGCGAGAUCCACAAGAUGGAGUUGGAGCUGGAGGCAGGUGUGAGGCAAGACAAGUCACGGCCUGUUUCAUCAAUAUUUAGCCCUACCCACACAGAGCCUCCACCCAAGCCAUCCAGAAUACAAGGCAGCACCCUUCCUCGGGUCCUGUCCAGACAGGGAUCAGCCCCGGAUUGCAGGCCAUUAUGGGAGCAGGAGAGAGCACAGGUGGAGGACACUUUACAUAGACAAAGAAGGGAGAUGCUCAUGGAUAAACAGUGGCUCGAGCAGGAGGAGAGACAACUGGAUCCCGUUGUGCGACAGGAUUCACUCAAGAAGCGUCCUGAAAAAAGCCCAGAAAAUGGUCCUCCAGAAAAGCCUCCGAUGCCUCCCACAGUCUCACAGCCCACAGCUGAGCUGGACCGAUCAGGGGAUCAUGUUUACACCGGCGUCAUGGCUAUGGUGAAGCAGGUGGUCCAGCUGAAGAAUGACGUCAACACCUUGCCCCCCUCUGAGUAUCUCAACGCUGUCAAAGUGACGGGUAUCACUCUCCGCAGCCUGAUUCAGAGUGUUGAUGAGAUCCUGCCCUCUCUGCACAGCUCUGUCACAACAGAGAUCGAGGGCACCAAGAAACUGCUGAACAAGGAUUUAGGGGAGCUGAUCAACAAGAUGCGACUGGCCCAGCAGAACGCCAUCACCUCGCUGAGGGAGGAGUGUCAGCGGCAGAUGUUGGCAGCCGCCCACACUCUGGCACUGGACUCCAAGAACUUGCUGGACGCUGUGGACCAGGCUCGAGUCCGGGCCAACGUUGCCAAGCCCAAGCCCGUCUCACAGGACGCAGAGGAUCAUGGGGAGUGAGGAGAGAGCUUUCUGGUUAUCGAAUGGACUUUUUUCAAGAUGUGUGGAAGGAGUCUUGGUUUUGACAACAUCUCUGUUCCUGUAAGAAUGUGCCUUGCAAUUGCGUUCAUGCUGUAGACGUCUUGAUAUUUGUAUUUUUUCCUGAAGAAUCGAUGACAUUAAGUUAAACAGAAUUCCUCAAAGCUGAAAGAAUCAAACAGCCACAAUGUAUAAAAGCAAUAAGGUUUACAGAGUUUUUCUUUUAUCAUUCAUCACUCUAUUUUUACUAUUAAAGACAGUGACAUUCUA